ACAGCGAGGAGAACAUUUCUGCCAGAUUCUGAGCGCAUACGAUUCACAAAUAUUUGAACCACGGAAUGUUGUAGGUGUGCUCUGCAUACGUUUGACAGGGCACAAAACUUUUAAAAAAUUAUAUAUAUACUGAAAUAUAUAUAUAUUGAAAAAAAAAUGAUAUAGAAAAAAAAAAUGAAGUAACAACUAAUAAAAUAAUAAGUUGUGGUUUAAAACGAAACAUACAUACAUAAUUAAUUAAUUUAUUUAUAAUUUAAAGUUAAUAUACAAAAAGUUACCCAAGAAAUUCAAGUGAAAAUUUCAUGUUAAAUCGAGAAAGAAAAUUUCGAAUAUGAAAACGAGAAAAAGUAAUAUAAUUUUUUUUCUAUGUAUAUAAUAUGUGUGUGUACGUGUGUGCGUGAAAAUAAUUAAUUUGAAACCUAAAUAAAAAAUCAUAUAAUAAUAUGUUAAAGAACAAAAAUUAAAAUAAAAAUAAAAUGAAUGUAACUUAAACCUCCAAAAAAGAAAUUAAAUAAAAUGAAAUAAAAUAAGAAGAAAGAUAAAAUUCGAAAAAAAAAGUAAAAACGUAUAGAAUAAAUGAAAAUAAUAUAAAAGAAUCUACAGCAAAUGAAAUUCUUCCAGAGCUGCGAUGUCUGGAUAAAAUUUAAGUUAGAAAUAUAAUAAAAAUGAAAAAUGCCGCUAUUGAUGACACGUUCGCUAAUUUAUCAAUUAACUGUAACACCGGAAUUACGACGACAUCUAAGGCCAUUUAAUAACCAGGAAAUUAUAGCUGAAGCAGCAUCAGAAGCAGAAGAUAAAGAAAAGGAGAGAGCUGAAAAUUAUAUAAAUAUUAAGGAUAUUUAUGAGCUUAAACAACAACAAAAACAACAACAACAAAAUUCACAAAAAGUUUGUCUUCACAAAUUCUUGAAAAAACCACAACUACUAAAACCACAUAAAAAACGUCGUCGUUGGGUUUUAUCCUGUAAUUUAAUUACUAUUUGAAAGCAAAUUAAAUUAACUAAUCCCACCUUUGAUAUACAAAAAACAACAACAGCAGCAACUAAAACAACAACAACAAGUACAACAUUGUCAAAAACAUUACAGCAGCAACAACAACAACAACAUUUGUUAAAAAUUUAGUAAAAUUGUUCCUGUUACCAACACAAAAAAUAAACAACAAACAGAAAUCAUUUCCUGUAACAACAGCAACAACAAUAUUCACUCACGACCGACAGACAACCUAUAAAAACCAAAUUUAUUAACUAUUAAAGGAUUUUACAUUAAAAAACAAAAACCAAAAACGGCCGAUAUUAAUAAAAUACAUCCGAAAAUACCACUAAAACUACAACUAAAGAAAAAACAACAACAACAGAAACUGCAACAGCAACCUACUCUUUCCAUUUGUAUUAUUGGAUCGUUGUCUCAAAAUUCUAAACAAAUAUUUUCAUAUUUGUUAAUAACGAUUGUUGCCCCACUACUACUACUACUGUCAACACAGCAAGUUAAGCAGCAACAUCUGAACCACAAGCAGCAGUUGUCGUUUCUACUACAGCAGAAACAACAAAAGGCACACAAUUGUCAUAAGAAACAAUUUCAUUUUGACAACAACGAUCCAAUAAACGGUUUUUUGAUGGACCUGUUGGUAUCCAAAAUGGCGGAUGGUGGUCACACAUUCGUAAAGAAGAAUUUCCAUAAGCCUACGUAUUGUCAUCAUUGCUCCGAUAUAUUGUGGUUCGGUUUAAUUGGACAGGGAUACAUAUGUGAAGUGUGCAAUUUUAUAAUACACGAACGAUGUGUCACAAAUGUUGUAACUCCAUGUUCUGGCAUUGCACCAUGUAUUAUUAAGAAUCCUGUUGCGCAUUGUUGGUCGGGACCAACAACUCACAAGAAGAAAUUUUGUACCGUAUGUCGCAAACGUUUAGAUGAAACACCAUCCGUACAUUGUAUAGUUUGUGAAUAUUAUGCGCAUCUUGAGUGCCAAGAUUUUGCUGUACCCGAUUGUACAGAAAAUGCCACCUAUGUACCCGGCAAGGAGUUAUUAAAUGUCAAACAUCAGCAUCACUGGCGAGAAGGCAAUCUACCAUCUAAUUCAAAAUGUGUUUAUUGCAAAAAGACCUGUUGGUCCUCCGAGUGUCUAACAGGUUAUCGUUGCGAAUGGUGUGGUUUGACCACACACGCUGGAUGUCGCAUGUACCUGCCAACCGAAUGCACGUUCGGUUGUUUACAACCGAUUUAUUUACCUCCGCAUUGUGUUUCAGUUCCACGUACCGAGGUGCCAAUUAAAGAAAUUAUGGGUGUUAGAAAAACCGAAUCCGAAUCAAAUUUAAUUCGUGAAUAUUCGUGCCCCGAUGAAUUUGAAAAUCUAGAUAUUGCUGAUUUAAUAGCAGCUGAUAAUGCGCAUCAUCAGCGUAUGCUGGAUGAGAGAAAACGAGCCGAUAGUUCACCCGAAUUAAGUUUAAGAGAAAUAUUAUUAUUACAAAGACAACGUUUAGAACAAUCAAAACAAAAUUUUUUUCUUUCAUCUUCACCCUCUUCGUAUGCACCCUCACCCAUACCCACAAUGGUAGCGGGUGAAAUGACCUCUUCCACAUUGGCAGCUGUGGCAGAUGUGAUGGGGAAACGUUUAGAUAAUGCGAAAAACGAGGUUGAAUACGAUACAGCUAAAGAGAGAAGAGAAGAAGAGGAGCAGCUAGAAGAAGGAGGUGGAGCAGGCGAAGAGCAAAAAAAUCAAAAUGAUAUAGAUGAUAUAACGGAAUUGGAUGCCAAUGAUGAUAGUGCUUUACAAUUAACCCAGACCACCAAUACAUACUCCACACACAAAAAGUGCCAAAAUGCCAAAAAUAUUACAAAAUCUCCGUCGGCCUCAUCGUCUUUGCAUUUAUUUUAUACGAAUAUAGUACGUAAGAUACCAUAUCAUGGCAGGCGCAAGCAUCUCUCCUCGAAUACCGACGAUGAGGACGAGGAUGUGGGUGUGUGUGAUGUAAGCGGCGGUGAUAUUAGCGAUGAUUAUGAUCACUGUGAUGUGGCUCUAAAGAAGAGAGCAGCUGCUGCUAAAGCGCAAGUAUUAAGCGACCGAUCGGCAGCCGAAGAUCGGAUUCGGGCUGGCGGAUCUGGCAGUGAUUGUGACUAUCAUGGUGAUGUUGAGGGCGAAACGGUGCCACAUGAAGGUUUCUAUGAAACUUCCGAUACUGGCGGCGAAUUGACCACAACCGAUGAUAUUGAUUCGAGUAUGAAUUUGAUAAGUAAUUUAAGUUAUAAUAGUAGUAAUAGCAAUACAUCUAUAGAAAAUCGUAGUAGCAUAGAUAGAAGUAAAAAUGCACACAACUUGAAAUUGUCGUCGGGCAUGGCCUUGCCAAAGAAGCGCAACAUAGGUGGCCAUCAUCCGAUGGCAGUUAACACUGCCUUAAGUGUGCAUUGCAGUAGUAGUGGUGGUGGUGCUACAAAAACAACUACACAAAAGACUGGAGCUAUAUCAAAAGCCACAAAACCUAUACUCUGUCCCCCGAAGGGACACUCUACAGGCGGUUCUAUAAGCUCACCCAAUUCAAGUGAUUGUUCCUCAGCCUCACCCAUACAACCUCCCGCCUCCUCUGCCAAGCCGCUUUCCACGCUGCCGACACAACUGUCGCCGGUGGGUCGCAGCAAAUCGUUUCAAGAGCCCGGCGUCAAAUCGCACUCACCCAGUCCGCGUCACAAGAAGUAUGCCCGUUUCUUUCAACGGCGCCGUUCGAAACGUUCCAAUGCCGGAAAGUCGGAUAGCAAAAAUGUUCACAGCAACUAUAGUCUUGAUACUAUGUAUCAGAAUAUUGAAAUAACCAUACAAGAUGAGGAUGGCAAUUAUCAGCCGUACGAUGAUAACUACGAUACCUUCAAGUGCAGACGCCAAAGGCGUGGUGAUGAUCUCGCCGUAGCCGAUGACUUCGAGGACGACGAUGAGGAUAAGGAGGUGUUAAAGGAGUAUUCACAAUUUCUGGAUAAUCGCUUGCGGCCACAUCGUCAUACAAUGUAUGGCGGUGGUGGUGGCGGUCAUAGUGAUGAUGCUGGCGGUGAUAUAAGCGAUGCUGCCAGUUCACGCAGUCGUUCUCGCCUCAGUGAUAACGAGCAUCUUUUCGGCAAAUUACUAAAACGUAUGCGUCGUUUAUCGUUGGGUUGGCGUAAACCGCGCUAUCAUAAACGCAGAGCUCGGAGUAUAUCGGAAGAGUUUAGCAGUGGUGAUACGCCACGUUUUAAAGAUGAAGAGUCUGUGGAUAGAAUUGAGGCAAUGGCAGUGGUGCCAGGGGGUAGUGCAGCUGGCUGCAGUAGUGGUGGUUCAUCUUCGCAUCAUAGGCCAGAAUCACAAAUGGGGCAUAAAUCGGAUAAAGCGGACAAAGAAAAGGAGAAAAAAGAAAAAGAGCGUGAAGAAAAGGAUAUAGAAGCCAUUAAGGUGUUUGAUGGCAACAAUUCAUUUAGACGUCAACUAUAUCGUGUCAUUAUAGUACCUCGUACAUACACUUUGGAACAAUUGCUUACGACCGCUUUAAGAGCCUUUCAAAUAUCACGUGAUCCAAGUGCAUUCUAUUUAACCGAUUUGUAUGCACCAGCUGGCAUGGAAGAUUCAGCUUUGCAAGAUCCCAAUCCUGUUUUAAGCUUAAAUCAUUUGGAGGGUAAACGACCAGCUAUAUUUCUAAGGUUUCAUGAUAGGGAUUAUGGCUUUGUGCGUGUUUAUCCUGGCAAAUUACAAUGCUCUGUGGAAGAGCCUUAUGUUAGUGUUCCUGUCGAUACUACGACCACUAUUAAGGAUUUGAUACGUGAUGCUCUCGAUCGUUUUGGUUUGGCCGAUAAUCAAAUCGAUGAUUACAGAUGUUCCCAAGUAUUAUUAGAUAGUGGUGUUACCGAACGCAUUUUAUCUAUAACUGAACGUCCUUUGAAUAUUAUGAAACAAAUGGGCAAAGACUCUAUACGUCAAAUGGAAUUGAUGCGUUUCUAUAUGCAACAUAGCCAGGAUCCUCAUGGGCCCAAUAUUGCCUUGUUCGUUGGCAAUUUAGAUCCGGGCAAAUCUCAGCGCAAAUAUGAGGAUUUCCUUAAUAAAUACCUAACUGAAGAUAGUAAAUUUACUAGUAUUGGUCCAAUUUAUUACGAGUACGGUUCGGUUGUCUUGACCUACGAGGAUGCCCAGAAAGCGGUUCGAGCUUUUUAUAUUCUACGUGAAGUCCAUUGGGAUAAUAAAGAUCUGUUGGUAAUGCUGUUGCCAAAUAUAGAAUCCAGCAUGGUGCCGGCUGAUAUCAAUCCGUUGUUGGUGUUUGUGAAUGUUAAAUCGGGUGGCUGUCAAGGCUUGGAAUUGAUAUCGAACUUUAGGAAACUAUUAAAUCCCUUUCAAGUAUUUAAUUUAGAAAACGGAGGACCAUUACCCGGUUUAUAUGUAUUUCGUCAUAUUCCUCAUUACAAAAUCUUGGUGUGUGGUGGAGAUGGUACUGUGGGUUGGGUAUUGCAAUGUCUCGACAAUGUGGGACAAGAUUCCGAGUGUUCUAGUCCACCCUGUGCUAUAUUGCCUCUGGGAACGGGUAACGAUUUGGCUCGUGUUCUUUGUUGGGGCUCUGGCUAUACUGGCGAUCAGGAUCCUCUUAGCUAUUUGCGUGAGGUUAUCGAUGCUGAGGAUAUACGUUUAGAUCGUUGGACCGUAGUAUUCCAUCCGGAAGAGAAGCCAGAGGAACAAACCAUGAAGGUUCCAACCAAUACAACCGGUAAGAAGAAGAAGGCUCAUCAAGCACAUCUAUCGCAACAAACAGAUCAGCAUCAUCAAGAACCGGCCAUUACAUCGAGUGAUAAAUCAGGUGCCGGAGACGAUGAAUGUGAGGGUACAAAAAAUGAGGACAAUACCCAAAUAUUUGUUAUGAAUAACUACUUUGGAAUUGGACUCGAUGCGGAUCUAUGCCUAGACUUUCACAAUGCACGCAUGGAAAAUCCAUUCAAGUUCAACUCACGUUUCCACAACAAGGGUGUGUAUGUGAAAAUGGGUCUGCGCAAAAUGAUGACACGUAAAUGUACAAAGGACUUGCAAAAGGAAAUGCGUUUGGAGGUGGAUGGCAAAGUGGUGGAGUUGCCUCCUUGCGAGGGCAUUAUUAUAUUAAAUAUAUUAAGUUGGGGAAGUGGUGCUAAUCCUUGGGGACCUGAUAAGGAUGAUCGUUUCUCACCACCCAAUCAUUAUGAUGGUCUUUUAGAGAUAGUUGGUGUUACCGGUGUCGUACAUUUGGGUCAAAUACAAUCGGGUAUACGUUAUGCUAAUCGUAUAGCCCAGGGCGGUCAUAUAAAAAUGCAUUUACAUUCUGAUUUACCCGUACAAGUUGAUGGUGAACCUUGGGUACAAUGUUCCGGAGAUAUUGUGGUUUUAAAAUCUGCUUUAAGGGCCACCAUGUUGAAAAGAGUUAAAAACAAAAUGAAGCGCCGCAACACCGAGCCAACCAUGGCUUUAACCAACCAACAAAUGGCAUUGACCCUGCCACCCACUACAGCCGAAGGAGAUUCCGAAUCAGAAAUACCUACCAACAAUACCGAUUUCUGAAUAUGGUACAGUGAGCGUUUGAUUUAAGGUUUUAAUAAAAUUUUCUAUUUUCAUGCAUACCAACCAACCAAAUCAAUUUGCAACAAAUCAUCAACAUAAAAACAAUUUUUCUCGAUAUUCUUAAGUAAUAUUAUUUGUAUUUUAGUCUACAUUUUAUAUUAAUUAACAUACUAUAUAAUUGUAAUUAUUAAUACCUUAAAUUCAAAUUUGCUCUAAUUUGAAGACAAAAUGAAACAAACAAAUCAAAAUUUGUUUUCUAAGUGUAAACUGUAGAUAUUAAAAGAAAAAAAUAAAAGAAAAUUGAAAUCCAGU